UAAGUGCCGACGAGACGUACACGCGACAUUAUUUUAUUUGUGUUGUUUUAGUUUGUUUUUAGCAUUGUUUUCAGCACGUUCGCGGGGGGAUGAAGCUCUGUCGCCGGUUGGUGUAGAAUUACUGCCUUGCCUAGCUACUUAUUCCAAGCGCUGUCUCUUCUACCACUGCUGCGUUAACAGACCUCAAUCUCACUUCAUCACCCUGCACUGCCUGUGGAAGUGUCGCUCUCCCCCAUCGCCUGUCACCAUGGCGCCCAAAGACAUCAUGACCAACUCGCAUGCGAAGUCCAUCCUGAAUGCCAUGAACUCCUUGAGGAAGAGCAACACGUUGUGUGACAUCACUCUUAGGGUGGAGAACACAGAUUUCCCUGCCCACCGCAUCGUACUGGCUGCCUGCAGUGAUUAUUUCUGUGCCAUGUUCACCAGUGAGUUGGCUGAGAAAGGGAAGUCUUUUGUGGACAUUCAGGGACUCACUGCCUCCACCAUGGAGAUCCUGCUGGACUUUGUUUACACAGAGACGGUGUUAGUUACCGUGGAGAACGUGCAGGAGCUGCUUCCUGCCGCAUGCCUGCUCCAGCUUAAAGGGGUGAAGAGAGCCUGUUGUGAUUUCCUCAACAGUCAGCUGGACCCAUCCAACUGUCUAGGCAUCCGAGACUUUGCAGAGACGCAUAACUGCGUGGACCUGAUGCAGGCAGCUGAGCUCUUCUCGCAGAAGCACUUUUCUGAGGUUGUGCAGCAUGAGGAGUUCAUGCUCCUCAGCCAGAGUGAGGUGGAGAAACUCAUCAAGUGUGAUGAGAUUCAGGUGGACUCUGAGGAGCCAGUGUUUGAGGCAGUGUUAAACUGGGUGAAGCACAACAGGAAGGAGAGAGAGCCAUACCUGGCGGACAUGCUGGAAUACGUGCGAAUGCCUCUGCUCACACCACGUUACAUCACUGACGUCAUCGAUGCAGAGCCUCUUAUCCGUUGCAGUCUGGCCUGCCGAGAUCUUGUGGACGAAGCCAAGAAGUUUCACCUGAGGCCAGAGUUACGCAGUGAGAUGCAGGGGCCUCGAACACAGGCACGAUUAGGUGCCAAAGAGGUGCUGCUGGUGAUUGGUGGAUUUGGCAGUCAGCAGUCUCCUAUUGAUGUUGUGGAGAAGUAUGAUCCCAAAACUCAGGAGUGGAGUUUUCUGCCUAACAUUGCACGAAAACGACGAUAUGUUGCAACCGUUUCGCUUAACGACCGUGUAUAUGUGAUUGGAGGCUAUGACGGCCGAUCACGCCUCAGUUCAGUCGAGUGUCUGGACUACACAGCAGACGAAGAUGGAGUCUGGUACACUGUCGCCACCAUGAAUGUGCGUCGAGGCCUGGCAGGAGCAACUACGCUGGGAGAUAUGAUCUAUGUGGCCGGUGGGUUUGAUGGCAGUCGGCGGCACACCAGCAUGGAAAGAUACGACCCCAAUAUUGAUCAGUGGAGCAUGCUGGGAGAUAUGCAGACGGCCAGAGAAGGAGCAGGGCUGGUGGUGGCCAGUGGGCUCAUCUACUGCUUAGGUGGGUAUGAUGGCUUGAACAUAUUGAAUUCGGUGGAGCGCUAUGAUCCACACACUGGUCACUGGACCAGUGUCACGCCCAUGGCCAAUAAACGCUCAGGUGCGGGAGUGGCUCUGUUAAAUGACCACAUUUAUGUUGUUGGUGGGUUUGAUGGCACAGCCCACCUUUCAUCUGUAGAGGUGUACAAUAUCCGUACAGACUAUUGGACAACUGUGGCACCCAUGACCACUCCACGCUGCUAUGUGGGAGCCACAGUCCUUAGAGGGCGACUCUAUGCCAUCGCUGGAUAUGAUGGAAACUCCUUGCUCAGCAGUAUUGAAUGUUAUGACCCUGUAUUGGACAGCUGGGAGGUUGUGACUUCCAUGGCUACCCAGCGUUGUGAUGCAGGUGUUUGUGUGCUCCGAGAGAAAUGAGAAGAGACUGUAAAUAGGUGAAGACAUGUUGGAGGGGGAAGGUUUUGGGGUUGUGAUUGGCAGCUAACAUCUGAGAUUGGUCUUCUAUGUGCCAUGUAUACCUGCAUGGAAAAGCAAGCAAACUGGAAACCCUGAUUAUAUGACUACCCCUUUCAGGUUUCUGUUUUAGUCCCAUUUUUGGACCUUAAUUCUGUUGCCAUCUGAGAUCAACUUUACCAUACUCUCAAUGUGUGUGGCCUGCUGAGAUCUCUUGGGUCUCCAUACAUGGCCUUGUGGUUCAGUGGUAUCUGUGGUAACAUGAGGUUCAUGUGGAUGAGUCUACAAAAGUGCAAUAAUUUGAUCUACUGCUGUAAAAGACUACAAAUGUAGAAAAACACGAUUGUGUGCUUCAGCUGUUGCUGCUAUAUGCCUUAUUGCCCUUGUGGUGCAACAUUUCACCAAAUCAAACCAUGGGGCUUCUGUCUACUCUGACUGCAGAGUAUAAUAAUUGAAGGAGAGUUCGUUUUAGGAUUCUAAAGGAAGAUGCCACCAUUGCUGGCUGUUAAUGAACACACUGAUUCACAUGUAUGGUUCUUUGGUGCUAGUUUGACGAUCCUUUCUUGAAUUUGUUGUCCUGCUAACCUGUAUUAGGAGAAGCAGGAGCCCUACUCAUUCUCACACUUAAAGGUACAGUAAGUAGGGGUAGCUGAUUAAAAACUAAACAUAAAAGAAUGUUGAUUAGAAAUUAAUUUUAAUUUUAGUUGUGCAAUACGGUUUGCUGAUGUCCAGAAGUGUUUGUGAUGGUUAUGUUUUGUGAAGAUGCCUUUUCUACACUGGUCAUGGGGCCAUCUUUCUUGCUACCUGUGUUUCUAGCACUGAAUUGUAAGUAUGAGACUAAAAAUAAAUACAAGAGUUACUUGGUGUACCUUUAAAUCAAUGUGAGUGUUAUACAGUGGGCAUCUUUAUCAUGUAUGUACUGUGUUCAGCAUCAGAGAUGUCUAUUGGCUGGUUUUGCUUUUAUAAGCACAUUUAGAAAAGAUUCAGAAUAGAGGGAUGAAUUUACUUCUGUAUCAACUCUUGGUUAAACACUGAUCUUGAACAUCUAA